ACCUUACACCGCAAAGUGUAACGGGGUGCGGUUUACGGCAGAGUGUCGGCGAUGGCCGCCUCAGCGUCUUCUUCGUCGUCCUCGGCGGCGGGAGGGGGUUUCCAUGUGUCCGAACUGUCGCCGCCGCGGAAGGUGCUCUUUACAUCGCCCAAGGGAGCGGGCGAGCUGCUGGAAGAUGCCACGGAGAGAUUCCUGUGUGAAGCAGUUUUCAGUUAUCAGGUGGCACACACGUUAAGGCAGGUAAAACGAGAACAGCAGUGCUCACGGAUGGAGAAGCUCGCCAGUUUGGUUGAGGAAUUGGAGGCAGAUGAAUGGCGCUAUAAACCAAUCGAUCAGCUGCUGGGAUUUACGCCUUCCUCUGGAUAAGACUUCCACUUCUUCAUGGUGUUUAUUUCAUAGCUGAAAGCUUAUGCUUCCUGACAGAUUAAAACUAUGAGAGAAAUACCGAUAUUACAUCUGUAAAAUAGUACACGUUUUGAAUAUUGUUUUUAUUAGACAUACUGUACAUGGAAUUCUACAUUCAAAGAGAUUUAUUUGAUUUUUUUCAUGAUACAUGGAACUGCAUGUUAAACUGUUUAAUAAAUUUUGGCCUUACUUUUACAGACUAA